AGCCAUCCAUGUUGGCUCAAGGGGCUGGGAGGGGAGGGGCAGCCAUCACCUUGUAGCUGCACCCCCGCCUCGGCCUCGUUCUGCCGCGUGGACCGGGUCGGGCAAGCUCCGGAGGCGGCUGGGCACCAUGCCAGUCGACUCCAAGCACGGAGAUUUCGAGGAGGUGACCAGCAGGCCCCGAGGCGCGGCGGAAGAGGAGAAGGUUAGAGCCGAGACCGGCGGCGUUCACAUCAGCAAGGGUGCUUCCGCUUCGCAAGUCGACGACAAGGAGUUCACAGAGCUUCUGCUCGAGGCCGACGUCAUCCAGCAGGUGCAGGAUACCUGGAACAGCUUCCUGAAGUCUGCGGAGUCGCGUGAGGCAGCUGGCGAGGCCGUGUAUUCGGCGAUCUUCGACGCCGCGCCCAGCAUCCAGAGCAUGUUCAAGACGCCCAGGGCAGUCAUGGCCAUGAGGUUCAUGAAUGGCCUCAACCAGAUCAUCAGCAACCUUGGCAAUCCCACUGACCUGAAGGUGAUCGUGGAGACCCUGGGCUUCCAGCACCUCGAUUUGGAGGUGACCAUUCCGCGGGUGGUUAUCUUCAGGGAGGCCAUUGUCGACCUGCUGAAGGUGGAGAUGGGAGAGCGCAUCACCAGGGUCGCACAAGAAGGGUGGUGCACCUUCUUGAACUAUGUAGGCGGAGCGUACAUCUACAUCCGCGUUAAGUACACUGGCCGCCUGAAGAUCCUGGCAUCCAGCUGGGCGAUCGCCAACAACAAGAAGGAGGACCUCGAGGAGCUCGCCCUCGAGCAGGAGGGGAGCGAGGAGCAGGAGGGCGGCACCGACGACACCGAGGGUCGGAACGCCGACCGGGCGACGGGGGAGGCGAGGCAGUCGGGCGAGGCCGCGGACCUCUCGCUCGCGAAGGACGAGCGGCAGGCGGCCAGGGCGAGGGCCCCGGGGAGGCGAAGCACGGGGGCGGGCGGCAUGUGGCGGCUCCUGCGGCGCAGUGGCGCCGACGCCCAGAGCGGCGGCGCCUCGCGGGACGGCCAGAGGCUCAGCGGGGCGGAUCAUGCUGACGACGCCUCCGGCACCGUGAGGAACACUGCCGUGCCGAGCAGUUACAGGGAGAUGUUCAUGUUCAACGCGGCUGUGAUGGGGUACGGGAGGUCUCUGUGGAUGAACGAGGUGCUCUCGUCCUUCGACGCCAUCGUCACGAACGUGUCGAACUCCUACCGCUUGCAGGAGGAGUGUGACAUCCUCUCGCUGCGCAUCGCGAAGCACAAGGGGAGCGUUGACCUCGGCGAGUACAAGGCGGUCAUGCUGGCGUCACUGCGGUCCCUCGUUCCGAAGGGUUGGAACUCGGAGCACGAGGUGGCUUGGACGUGGCUGUGGGCGAACGUCGAGAGGUUGCUCAGAGCAAUGCAGGGGAAGCCCCGUCUGCAGGAGAGGGCUCUCGAGAAGUGCUGGGGCGGCCUGGACGAGGCGCAGCAGGCACGAUUGCGGCGCGAGGUGUACUCGAAGUUCUUCCAGCUGGCCCCGGCUGGGCAGGACUACUUCAAGCAGUCUACCACGCGCCUGCACUUCAUAGCCGACCGCAUCACGGCCAUGACGCUAGAAAUAUACAAGGAGCCGAAGCAGAUGGUCGAGGAUAUCUCGGCGCUGGGGUUGCGGCACGUGGGCUACGGCAUCCCCACCGAGCUCUUCUCGCCGUUUGUGACGGCGUGCUGUAUCGUCGUGCGCGGGCUCACGGACGACGACGUGGCCGAGGAGGCCUUCCGCUGGUCCCUCAACCUGAUCUCGCGGGUGCUCACGCGCGUGAUCACCGAGGGGUCUACCAUCGUGAUGAAGGCCAUCAACCAGAACUCCGAGAGGCAGCUCCGGAGAGCCGUCAGCUGCGCCCCGAGGGGGAAGCGCGCGCUGUGGAUGCUGAACGUCCAGGUUGGCACUCAGUCCAUCUCGCCGCUGCUUUGGGCCAUCGAGACCGGUAGCCUGGAGGCGGCCAAGGCCAUCAUUCAAGACCUCCUCACGAUCCGAGCAGACCGUGACCGCUACUACUACGGCAUGGACGUCCUGUUCGAGCGGCAUCCAGACAUCAUUAGGAGAUUGUGUACCGACGCGCCGGCGAUGCUGCCCGUGCUGCUCGACGGCCUGAUCUGGCGGUCGCGGCUGGCCAGCAACGGUGUGCGGCGGGUGAACUACUACAUCAAGCAUCUGCUAGUGGAUGCCGACGGAGAUUUUUCCGAGGUGGUAGAGUGUCUCUACGAGAACAAGGAUCCAGGGAUCAUCUGCCACCCAGUGGUUGUGGUGACCACGGACACGCUGUGGAGCCAACUCGCCUUCCGGGGGUACCUCUUCGGGAAAUCUUGGUUCCUUUUCACGUUGCUCGUGUUCGUGUUCUCUCAGGCGGUGCUGAACCGCAUGAAAGUGGAAGACACCAUGGCUGGACGAGGAAGCAUCUUCGGAUGCCGGUGCUUCAUCUACAUCUUCAGCAUGGGUCAUUGGAUAUAUUAUCAUACGAAGUGUGUCUAUCUUGAUUUCACCUCCAGGGAACUCACGUGGUUUGGGCAGAUACCCGUUCCCAUGUACUUGCUCAACUGGCAGGACGUGGCCAGCCUUGUGCUUACCUUUCUCUUGUUCUUAAUGUUCUGCAUCGAGCCUGUGAUGCUGUGUAUGGACUCUUUCGACGGCGACUUCAGCGGGUCUGGCAUCUUCACGCAGCGCUGCCCCAAAGCGGAUCCCCUGCGGUUCACUUACUCGUUGUUCUCCAUGUGCGCCAUGCUGAUGUACUAUCUGCUGGCGCUGGACUUGUCCGUCUUCAAUACAAUCGUAUCCGCGUUCGUGCUGCUGUGCAUGCGCGUGCUGUCCGAGGUCGCGCUCUUCGGCCUUGCCUUCUCCUUCGCCGUCGUGACAUUCGGGGCUGCGGUGAGCUCGUUGGACCACGAGGUCGCGGACUUCGAGGGCCUCCCUGUGUCGGCACUAUCCUUGCUCAGGAUAUGCCUCCGGAUGUUUGGCUCCGAGAGUUUCGACGAGCUGAGCCGCGAGACUGCCUUGUUUACGCUCGUGUGCGUCUACCUUAUUUUCACCGCGGUAUUCCUUCUCAACAUGUUAAUUGCGCAGCUGAAUUGUGCUUAUCUGCUGACGUAUCAGGAUAUGGUUGGCUACGCCCGCCUCAAUCGUGCAAAGAUCCUCGUGGAGGUGGUGCCCACCGUCUCGAGGCAGGCCUGGGAGAGGUUCCUGGAAGCGCUGAGGCUGAACGACCGCCUGGAGUUCGGCGAGGGAGACAUGGGAGUGACUGGCGGGAUCCAGGUCUUGGAGCCGUCUGCCGCGAACAUCAUCACCGUGGAUUCCAUCCGCAGAUUCGGGGGCAGCACGUCGCCGAUGGCCCAGUGGCCGGAGGAGGCCGAGGGCGACGAUGACGAUCGACUCGAGCGGAUGGAGAAGGUGCUCGAGAAGGCGUUCAAGCGGAUGUCGCGGAGCAGGCACUCUCAAGCGGUGGCCGGCGGCGGCGAGAAUUCCGCGUCGCAGUCUGGGGGCGGCCCGUCGGCCGAGGAGGAGACCGGGUCGAGCGCCGACAGCGUCCUGAGCGAGCACUAGUCGAGUGCCGGAGCAUGCGUCCGAGUCGUUUCCGCCGCCGACGGUCGGCCACUCGAAGAGAGGGGGGGGAUGUAAGGGUGGUAUUUUUGUGUAGAUGGCUUGUGUGUAAGGGUGAGACUGCAGACGCUCAUUAAC